GGAAGAGAGGACAGGGGCUGGCUAGGGAGUUAGCGGGCCACAAGAUCAGAGGCAUGUUCAUUCGGGAGGAGUCAGCAUCCUUCCUCACUUUGCCCCCCCCCCCCCGGGAAGUAACCCUAAAGCCCAUUAAAAGAAAAGAUGCGCCUAGAAUUAUGCUGGGGAGAAGGGCUGUCUCAGUUUGCGUGAGUAAGGAGAUGGGCAAGAAGGAACUGGGGAAGGUGGCCAGAAUGGAGCUGUGGCCAGGGGCAUGGACGGUGUUGCUGCUGCUCUUCCUUCUGCUGCUCUUCCUGCUGCCUGCCUUGUGGUUCUGCAGCCCCAGUGCCAAGUACUUCUUCAAAAUGGCCUUCUACAAUGGCUGGAUCCUCUUCCUGGCUGUGCUCGCCAUCCCUGUGUGCGCUGUGCGAGGACGCAACGUCGAGAACAUGAAGAUCUUGCGCCUGAUGUUGCUCCACAUCAAAUACUUGUAUGGGAUCCGAGUGGAAGUGCGAGGAGCUCACCAUUUCCCUCCCUCACAACCCUAUGUCGUCGUCUCCAAUCACCAGAGCUCCCUUGACCUUCUUGGGAUGAUGGAGGUACUGCCCAGCCGCUGUGUGCCCAUUGCCAAGCGUGAACUACUGUGGGCUGGCUCUGCUGGGCUGGCCUGCUGGCUGGCAGGAGUCAUCUUCAUCGACCGGAAGCGCACGGGGGAUGCCAUCAAUGUCAUGUCUGAAGUGGCCCAGACCCUGCUCACCCAGGAUGUGCGCGUCUGGGUUUUCCCUGAGGGCACAAGAAACCACAAUGGCUCCAUGCUGCCCUUCAAGCGGGGUGCCUUCCACCUUGCAGUGCAGGCCCAGGUUCCCAUCGUCCCCAUAGUCAUGUCCUCCUAUCAAGACUUCUACUGCAAGAAGGAACGCCGUUUCACUUCUGGGCGAUGUCAGGUGCGGGUGCUGCCACCAGUACCCACAGAAGGGCUGACACCAGAUGAUGUCCCAGCUCUGGCUGACAGAGUCCGGCACUCCAUGCUCACCGUUUUCCGGGAAAUCUCCACUGAUGGCCGGGGUGGUGGUGACUAUCUGAAGAAGCCUGGAGGGGUGGGCGAAGCCCGGCUCUGAGCUUCUCCAUCCACCCCCAUUUUCCUCCCCAUACCUCCUAGCCCAGUGGGCCCUGAAGCAGGGCCAAGCCCUCUUCCUCUUUUCUGUCUCUCCACUUGUUCUCUUCUUUGGAAUUUUCAACUUCUGAAGUGAAUGUGGAUACAGCACCGCUCUCUGCCCCUUCCAAGCUCCCCCACAGAUUCUCUUGCCUCGGUGCAAUCUCCACUUUGAUCCCCACCCAUCUCCUGUGCCAUUUUGUCUGUGGGACAGUUGCCUCCCCUUAUCUCCAGUGGCUCAACCUACACAAGGGUGGGAACACUCCAUCCUGUCCCCAGAAGACCCUCUUCCUUUGUGGUCGUCUCACCCACUCCACCCCACAGUGGCCAGUGGACUUAUCCACUCUAUGGAACAGUUCCCCACUCCCGACUCCAAGUCCAUGGACUCAGUGGACUCAUCCGUUAGUGAGGAGGACUCUUCACCCUGUAGCUGGAAGCUGAUGCCUGGAACAGUCCUCCCAGGAACACUCCACAGCACCUUCACCUCCCUCCUGUGGAGCCUCCUGUCAGUGGAGGCUGGACUCUUCUCACUCAGAGGUCUCAUCCAUUCCUGUGCCCAGAGUUGAGCACACUCCUGGAUGCCAGUGUGGUCUCCACAUUUCUGCUUAUGCCUGUCCCCACAGUACAGUUCUUCAGUGGUUCUGGCCCCACCCAGCCCCCUGCAGCCCCACUGUACCAUUCUAAACAGAUACCAGGGAAAGAGGCAGACAUCAGGUGCUGCCCUUGCUUCACUCCUGGGGAACUGGGGAGAGAAACUGAACCCUGGCUGGAGGGGAUAGGAGGGCUUUUAAUUUAUUUCUCUUUCCUUUGGGGCUUCCCCUCUCUGAGCCAGUUUUCAUUUCCUCCCUGUGGCAUUAACCACUCCCUGCCUCCCACCCCACACCUGUGCCCACAACCAGGGAGGUAGGCCGGGAGCAAAAGGAGAGUGGGACCUGAUUUUGUGUGGUUGGUUUUUAUUAAUGAUCUGAACAACAGCAAGAAACAGAAUAAAGAUUGAGAGAGAAA